AUGUCUCGCAACAUCAUGAAUCAGGAGUUCGGGUCUGACGAGGAGGAAGAGGAGGAUGACUUUAACCCUGGCCAGGCGGAUGAGUCGGGGGAUGAGGAUACGAAGCCUGCGCGUCGUGGUCGGGACGAGGAUGAUGAGGACGAUGACGAUGAUGAUGAGGAGGUGAAUACUGGACGCGGGUCGAGACAUCGCGCUGGAAGUGAGGAUGAUGUGAGGGGGAGGCAUGGACAUGGACAUGCUGAUGAGGAUGACGACGAGGAAGAGGAGGAUGAGGAGGAGGGUGAUGAGGAUGGCGAGGAUGCUGAUGAGGCGGAGGAGGCGGAGGAUGAUGAUGAGGAUGCUAAUGCUGGACGUCCGCGCAAGCGCAGAAAGCGGCCCGGUGUGCAUUCGUUCUUCGAGGAGGAGGCGGGUGUCGAUGAGGAGGAGGACGAGGCCGAGGAUGAGGAGGAUGAGUUGGCCGAGUUUGGCGGCGAGAUGCACCCGGAUGAUAUGGAUGCGCUUCCUGUUGGCGCGGAGACCGAUGAUCGCCGACACAGACAGCUCGAUCGUCAGCGAGAACUGGCGGCCAGUAUGGAUGCCGAGAAGCAGGCGCAGAUGCUCAAGGAGCGUUAUGGUCGGAACCGCGCCGCCGCGACGGAUGCAGUCGUCGUACCCAAGCGGCUGUUGCUUCCUAGUGUCGAUGACCCCAGUAUCUGGGGUGUUCGCUGCAAGCAAGGAAAGGAGCGCGAGGUUGUUUUCUCGAUCCAGAAGCGGAUUGAAGAGCGGCCGCCGGGGUCGAGAAACCCUAUCAGGAUUUACUCGGCUUUCGAGCGCGAAGGUGCGAUGUCUGGGUACAUCUACGUCGAGGCGCGCCGGCAGACCGAUGUGAUGGAUGCGCUGCAGGACAUGUCCAAUGUGUAUCCGAGGACGAAGAUGGUUCUGGUCCCCGUCAGAGAGAUGCCCGAUCUGCUGCGGGUGCAAAAGUCCGAGGAGCUCAAUCCUGGCGGCUGGGUUCGCAUCAAGCGCGGUAAAUACCAAAAUGAUCUGGCGCAGAUCGAGGAGGUCGAGACGAAUGGGCUGGCAGUGACGGUUCGCUUGGUUCCCCGGUUGGACUACGGCUUGAACGAGGAUAUCGGUGCUCCGACGGCGGCCGACCCCAAGAGGAAACGGCCUGGCAUGAACCCGGCCGUUGCUCGUCCCCCUCAGCGUGCGUUCAGCGAGGCGGAGGCUAAGAAGAAGCAUGCGAAAUACCUGUCUGCUACGUCUGGGCUGGGUGGAAAGUCGUGGAGCUACCUGGGUGACACGUACGUCGAUGGCUUCUUGAUCAAGGACUUGAAGGUGCAGCAUCUCAUCACGAAGAGCGUGAACCCCCGGCUGGAAGAAGUCACCAUGUUCGCUCGCGGCUCCGAGGAUGGCACCUCGAACCUGGAUCUCGCAUCUCUGGCCGAGACGAUGAGGAACUCCACUGCCGAGGAAUCCUAUCUGCCUGGAGACCCGGUGGAGGUGUACCGGGGUGAGCAGCAGGGCUUGAUCGGUCGCACUAGCUCUACUCGCGGAGAUAUUGUUACUUUGUUGGUUACGCAGGGCGACCUGACUGGCCAGACGAUCGACGCGCCUGUCAAGUCUCUCCGCAAGCGCUUCAGGGAGGGUGACCACGUCAAGGUCAUCGGGGGUAGCAGAUACCAGGAUGAGCUGGGCAUGGUGGUACAAGUCAAGGAUGACACCGUGACGCUACUCAGCGACAUGAGCAUGCAGGAAAUCACAGUCUUCAGCAAGGAUCUUCGGCUAUCUGCCGAGACCGGUGUUGACGGGAAGCUCGGCAUGUUCGACGUUCAUGACUUGGUACAACUAGAUGCUGCUACCGUUGCCUGUAUCGUCAAGGUGGAUCGCGAGUCGCUGCGGGUUUUGGACCAGAACGGUUCUAUUCGGACGAUUCUGCCCACGCAAGUGGCCAACAAGAUCACCCCGCGUAAGGAUGCCGUGGCUACCGAUCGCAAUGGUGCAGAGAUCCGCCACGGGGACACCGUCCGGGAAGUCUACGGUGAGCAGAGGAACGGCGUGAUCCUUCAUAUCCACCGUUCGUUCCUGUUCCUGCACAACAAGGCCCAGGCUGAGAAUUCGGGCAUUGUGGUUGUCCGCACCACCAACAUUGUCACCGUAUCCGCCAAGGGCGGCAGAUCCAACGGGCCUGAUCUGACGAAGAUGAACCCGGCUUUGAUGCGCAAUGGCAUGCCUGGUAGUAUGAUGGCCCCUCCCCAAAAGAGCUUCGGACGCGACAGGAUGAUCGGCAAGACCGUCAUGGUCCGCAAGGGACCUUUCAAGGGCCUCGUGGGUAUUGUCAAGGAUUCCACGGAUGUCCAAGCGCGCGUGGAGCUGCACUCCAAGAACAAGCUGGUCUCCAUCCCCAAGGAUAUCCUCGUCGUGAAGGACCCGGUCACUGGCCAGACGAUAGACAUGUCUCGCGGUCGCGGACCGCGCGUUCCCCAGGGCGGCUCUGGAGGUCCUCCCUCUUCCUGGAACGGCGGAAGUCGUACCCCGAUGGCAGCUGCGGAUUCCUCCCGGACGCCCGCCUGGGGCGGUUCCUCAGCCCGAACUCCCGCAUGGGCCGGCAUGGGUGGAGGAGGCAUGGGCGGUGGUCGCACGCCAGCCUGGAAGAACGACGGCUCCCGCACAUCCAACCCCUACGACGGCAGCCAGACCGCGUACGGCGGCCACGGCUCACGCACACCCGCCUGGAACGCCGGCGCACGAACCCCCUACGGCGGAGGCGGCGGCGGUUCCGGAAACAGUGACUUCGACGCCUUCGCCGCCGGCUCCAGAACUCCCGGCUGGGGUGGCUCGGGCAACAGCGGCGGCCGCACUCCGGCCUGGUCGUCGUCCGGCGCCCCCAGCAACGGCUCCAAGGACCGCGGCUACGACGCCCCAACGCCCGGGGGCAACUACUCCGCCCCUACCCCCGGCGCCUACGGCGGCGCUCCCACCCCCGGUGUCUCUGCCCCCACCCCCGGAGCCUGGGGGGUCGACAGCGCCCCGACCCCUGGAGCCUUCAGCGCCCCCACCCCCAGCGACAAGCGCCCCUACGAAGCCCCGACCCCUGCCGCCUUCGACAACAUGAGCAAUCGUCCCUACGACGCUCCCACCCCCGCCAUGAGCGGAACAGCCGCGACCCCUGGUCCGGGCGUCUACGGCGACGGGGACGACAGCGGCCCGAGAUACGAAGAGGGGACACCCAGUCCUUGA